AUGGGAGAUAUUCGAUUCAUAUCCACUAGCAUUGUUCAAGCUGCCAACCCCAAGACAGAAUUUGAAAGAAUCGAGUUAGCUUCGUGGGAUCUCAUGUUCCUUGCCAUGGACUAUGCCCCGAAGGGACUUCUCUACUACAGGCCACAACUCCAGCAAGAUCAAAAGUUAGGUGAAACCUUAUUAAAUGAAGUAAAAAAUUAUGAGGCUACUUACAAUCCCUUACUUGCAGUACAAGUGACUGAGCUUUCAGAGGGCUCUUCAUUAGCUGCACUUACAAUCAUGUUGUGGCUGAUGGCACAUCAUUUGUGCAUUUUAUCAAUUCCUGGGCAGAAAUUUUCCAAGGGCCCUGUUGGUAUUCCGAACUCUUGUCUCACACAAAUCCAUGAAUUCAUUCCUCCACCAUUGCAAGUCAGGCUUUUUCAUUUCACUAGGGAAAACAUAGCACAUCUCAAUGCAAAGGCCAACGCUGAACAUGGAACAGACAAAAUCUCCUCUCUUCAAGCACUCUUGUCUCAUAUCUGGCAAGCUGUUGUGCGCAUCAGAAAUCUUGAUCCGGAAGAAGAGACUAAUUUCUUCCUAGCAGUUGGUGCAAAAUCAAGAUUGCACCAGCUGCCUGAACAAUAUACUCGAAAUAUGAUGCGAGGUGGACUUAUAACCAUGAAAAUCAUGGAGCUACAAGAACAUGGGCUAGGCAAUGAAAUUCCUGUUCUAGUGACAGGAAGCCUAGCAAGGAGUAUAAACAAUCUUCUGGUCUUGGGUGGUUCAACUUGGUUUGAUUAUUAUAGCAUUGACUUUGGAUGGGGAAGGCCAAUUGCAAUUCUAAGUGGGGGUGGGAACAGGCAUGAUGGGAAGGCCUUGGCAAAUGAACAGUUCAUGAAUUCUGUCACUAUCUAA